CGCCGCACACCUUUCGUCUCCGCCUACUUGGAGAGACCAGGAAGUAGAGGCUGGAAGAUACCAUUCGAGCGGGAAAAGGGGAGGGACGGUGUGUUUGUUAAGGUGGUUUCGUCCACCCGCCCGUCUCGAAACGGAGGAAAACCUGGUGUUCCUCACUGCAGGCUCGCAACCAUCAUGGGAGAGAUUAAAAUCUCUCCGGACUAUAACUGGUUCAGAAGUACGGUUCCUCUCAAAAAGAUCAUCGUAGACGAUGACGACAGUAAGGUUUGGUCGCUCUACGACGCGGGACCCCGGAACAUCCGUUGCCCCCUGAUCUUCCUCCCUCCGGUCAGCGGGACGGCUGAUGUCUUCUUCCAACAGAUUCUGGCCUUGUCCGGAUGGGGCUACAGAGUCAUUGCCUUGCAGUAUCCAGUGUACUGGGAGAUUUUUGAGUUCUGCGAUGGAUUCAGAAAACUGUUAGACCAUCUACAGCUGGAUAAAGUUCACAUCUUUGGCGCAUCUUUAGGGGGAUUCCUAGCACAGAAAUUUGCAGAAUACACCCACAAAUCGCCCAGAGUCCAGUCGCUGGUUCUGUGCAACGCCUUCAGCGAUACCUCCAUUUUCAACCAGACAUGGACUGCAAACAGCUUUUGGCUGCUGCCUGCCUUUAUGUUGAAGAAAAUUGUCCUUGGAAACUUUGCAUCCGGUCCCGUUGACCCCGAAAUGGCAGAUGGAAUUGAUUUCAUGGUCGAUAGGCUGGAGACCCUGGGCCAAAGUGAGCUUGCCUCAAGGCUCACCCUCAACUGCCAAAAUUCCUAUGUGGAACCUCACAAAAUCCGGGACAUUCCUGUUACCAUCAUGGAUGUCUUUGACCAGAGUGCUCUUUCCACCGAAGCCAAGGAGGAGAUGUAUAAGCUGUACCCCAAUGCGAGGAGAGCCCACCUCAAGACUGGGGGCAACUUCCCUUACCUCUGCAGAAGCGCCGAAGUCAACCUCUAUAUCCAAAUACACUUGCUCCAGUUCCACGGCACCAGGUACGCCGCCAUCGACCCUUCCAUGAUCAGCGCUGAAGAACUCGAGGUCCAAAAAGCCAACCUCCAAACCAGUGCUGAGCCGGAUCCGGAGACGUUGUAGUCCUUAGGAUCCCGCUUCUCCCAGACAACAAUCGCAUCUUUCCAACUUUUGCCUUUCCUUUACUACUAAAGCGGCGAGAGUCGUUUCCUUCUGCGAAGCUGGACCAGUUUCCGUGAAACGGAACACUUUCUCAUUCAUGUCACAUGACACAACGUUCAGGACGCCACGUUCGGAGGACUCCUUGAAAGCAACAAUCUAAGGAAACUUUUGCUACCAAAGGCUUCACUCUUGUGUUCUUAAAGAAAAUAAUCUUUUUUAAAAUAUACAUAUAUACAUACAUAGAGGUGUAUGUAUGUAUAUAUAUAUAUAUAUCCAUACAGAGAGGGUGUGCGUGUGUGUGUAUAUCAUGAGCAUAUUGCAUAUGCCUGGAGAUUUGUUUAUCAUUUGAAUAUUUAGUUUUUAAAGCGAUGUCCAAGUGCCAAUAUUGGUAUUACUUUUCUUUCUUUGCUUCUUAUCAACUUUUUGCAAUCAGAACAUUAUUAUUAUUAUUAUUUUGGGUAAAAUUGCCUUGCUGCCUCAAUAAACCUUUGGAAUAAAAAUUCAGCCGAAGACGAAGAAAGAA